AAGGAUGUAAAAAGACAAUCUGAAUGUGAAUUAAAAGGUCAAAGGGUAUGACCUCAAGACCCAAGGCCAAAGCAUGAAAUUCUCAUUUUGACAUUGAUUCUGAAUUUACUACACGUACUGGUGGAAACUCAAGUUUAGGUAUUCUUUUUUAAAAUUAAAUAACGUACCCGUUUUAAUUAUUUGCAGCACAUGACCGCCAUUCACACUGCAACCAAUAUAAUUUAAUUUCAAAAUGCGAAAAUUGACCCAACUUUAUAUCUUGUUGAAGAUUAUCAUCGUCAUCGUCUAUCACUAUCGCUACGGUAGCUACUUUUACUUCUUACUUUAACUUUAACUUUUAGUAACGGUAACGUAAUGAAAAAUAAAUAAUUAUACUCUGUAGACUUUAGAGAAACUAAAAAAAAAGUAGUACUAUUAAUAUUAAGCCAAGUAGAAGACUUGCAGUAUUUCGUUAGUCCUAGGCCAAGGGCUAGGCAGUGGCAAAUAAUUGGCAAAUAGACCCUGCCUAUUAAUAUAGCCUACUAUUAUUACUAUUAGUAUAUUAGUAUUAGUAAUAGUUAAUUAGUAUUAGACUGUAGCCGUAGCUUAAACUUAAUCAGUUAAUGCCAGUGCAGCAGUAGUGCAAUUUAUACUUAAAUUAUAUACUAUAAAUUAUCAAGAGUAAAUAUUAGUGUAUAGUCAUAGUCUCAAUGUAUCAAUCUAGUUUUGAGCCGUGCAGUAGUUUUGAGUAUCCGCACAGUUGAAGAGCCUGAAUUAUACAGUUUUAAUAAAAUAUACAUCCAUAUUUUUAAUUUGAUUCAUAUCUAUAUUUUUGUCUUCUACUUUUUACUUAGAACUAUUGAUUUACAUACUUACAGAUCCAUACCGGAACAAGCUAGCCUCGUUAAUUAUAAAUGUAGUAGCUAAUUAUUUUUAAUGUUUUAACCGUUAUGUCUCAACGUUAAUUAAGCGAACUGUCAUAGCUUGCUAAUAAAAAGUGUCGAUCAAAUGACUACCAGAUUGGUAUUUAAAUAUCAUGAAAUUGAUGUUUUCUGUGAAAUGUGCUUCAAAGCUAAUGCAGGUGGGGAUUUCUCCAUUGGAAAAGUUGGGAGGCUUGGAAGCUGGAUUAUCUUAAAUGACAUAACAAGCAAAAAAUACACACAGAGACUUUGUUCUAUAUAGUCAGGAGGUGUACUGCGAAUGCUAACAGAAAGUUUCACUGAUUGAGGCAUGAGAAAAGCAGCAGCAUAAAGAAAAAUUGCUAAAGAAGACUAGGUUAAAAUUUUUAUUCACAGCGUCCUCUUGGCUAUCAACAUGAACACAACCAUAUGGUUAAGCUUGCCCCAGUCCCUAAUAGCUGACGCAGUAAGAAUUACGCUUUUGAGUUUGUUUAUUCUAUCGAUUCUGUAGUGAAGGGUGCUAUAACUAGUGAACUUCGGAAUGCAAAAAUCCACAAAUUAACACUAGAUGGGAGCACUGACAAAAAUGUUGAUCUUAUACUACAGUUUUGGCCAUAUAUCCCGGUAAUGUUUCAAUACAGUGUUUGUUGGAAUUUUGUCUCUGUUGGCAUGUCACAGUUAAUCUGUGGAAUCAGCAAUAUCAGAGUUUUAUCAAGAGAAGUCAUUGGAUAUGCAGAAAAUGGUUAUGUUUACCUCUGAUGCUGCAUCGGUUAUGCUAGGCAAAAAUAAUGAAGUUGCAGCAAUCGUUGGCCGAUGUAUUCCCCAUCUACUGGAGCAACAUUGCAUUGCUCAUCAUGAAGAUUUAGGCAUGGAUGAUGCUUGCAAACAUAAAAGUUUAAUGACAGAAAUUGAAACAUUCCUUAGGACAGUGCACACAUUGUUCAGUUGGUCAACAGUAUGAAAAGCCCAGUUUACUGAGGUACCUAAGGUGUUGGAAUGUGAUUCCGUAGCCUUGAGACCAUUGAUUGAAAUCAGAUGGCUUUCGGGACAUCUUGCUUUACGAGCAUUGCUGCGAAAUAUGUGUUGACUGAAUACUGUGAGGAGCAGGUGAGCCUGUAUAGUGAACCAGUUCAUAAGUACUGUUUGAAGAAACUAAGGGAUCGAACUGCACUGAUUGUCUUUGAUGAAGUUGUUGGUGAACUUGCUGAAUUAUGCAAGCUGCUACAUAGAAAAAAUCUUAUGACCAUCGAGGCAAACCAGUUUGUAGAAGCAAGGAUCGCUAAGCUCUGUGCCCAGUACCUUGCUGAAAAUGUGCACUGGUUUGAAGAGGUUGCUUAAUUGCUUGCAAUUGCUGACGAUAUAAACAUGAGUUCUAUUCUAAAGUUUGUUAAACGUUUAUGUUUGCAUCUAGACUCCUGUGUCCCUGAAAGGGAGUUGAUGCAAUGUUGAAUCUUUGAGAAAUCGGCGUUAAUUGACACUUCAGAUUUAAAUUUUGGCCAAGAAGAACUUGCAGCACUGGUUUGUAGGUAUGUGGCAUUCCUGGAAAACUAUGAUGACAUUCUGCAGUUAAGGAUCAGUAUCUUAACUUAAGGUUUGUGCUUGCAGAAAAAAUGAAAUGUGGGUUGAUGCAGACUUUCAACGAGAUGGUUCGAUUUGUAAUAAAUGAGGAGCAUUUUGGCGACACUGCCAUUCUGUUGGAUAUUUGUGCUACAUUUCUUCCGUCAAAGCGCGGAUUGUGAAAGUGGAUUCAGCCUAUUCAAUAAUAUAAAAGUAAAAUCUAGACAAAGGCUGGAAGAGUUACAUUUAGACAUGCUUAUGAGGAUUAAAGUGUAUCAAAAUGAUGGACAUCAGAUCAACCUUGACAAUGUGUAUAAAAGAUGGAUAUCGUUGAAAGACCAGACGCCAGAGUACCUCCAGAAAUUAGUAAAUGAAAUGACUAGCGGCUGUUGGUAGUGGAUGUAUGGGAAUUAGUUGAUUGACCCAACAAUGUGAUAAAUAAUAGAAAUAAAUAUAGCUUUAAUUGAACUAUUGUGACAGUUUUGAUUGAUUUAUUGUGACAUUUCUGAUAAUAAUUAUUUAAUUAUUGUUCUUUUAUUUAUUUUAUAAACGUUUUUGCACUUAAGUUCAUUCAUGUAUUUUCCGUGUGUGCGUUGUGUUUGUGGGCUGUAAUAUUUUGCACACAAAAAAAUUGAUGCUGUAAAAGUUUCCACACAACUCUAUGCUUCUGCACAUGAACCAGAAAACCUUAGAGGGAAGAUUGAUCUUGAGUAGAAGAUAACUAGACUUGUUUUAACUGAAAACUGUUAAAACCAAAGACGCUUUUCAGUCUAAAAACAGUUUAAUUGAAAAUCACUUUAUGAAUUGAUUAUUUGGCUGAUGCAAAGAAGACAUGCCAUGAUGUCAUUUGUGUGAACUUUUACAGGUUCACAGGUCGUGGCAACCAAGAUGGCGGCCGUGUUAAAAAGAAAAUAACUUGCAUCUGCUAAAAUUAGGUAUAAACAUUUUUUGUGAAAUAAACCAAUAACUAGGUCUACACAGCAUUAAUUUUUAUAGUUUUAUAGCAUACUUUGACUCUAAGUAGGCAAUUAAAAUUACGUCUCAGAGCUAGCUAUAUAUUUGACAAAAGUUCUUCAUUUCUUACGAUUUAAGAGGCAACUAUAAAAAUUCAAGCAUAUCUUAAUGUCAUAUAUUCUUAAAAUUGUGUUUUGUUAGUAUUAUUGCCAUCACUAACAUUACAUCAAGUCUGUUCAGCUCCUUGGUUCACAUAGAGUUUAUCAGUGAAAAAGAAAUCUCUUCUUGUUUGCAUUAUGCACAGGAAUGCAAAAUUAAAUUUUAUAAUAAGUAAUUCUGAGUAUACAAUGGAUACUGAGGCAAGAUUUGACAAAUACCUUCCAUUGUUCAUGCCGCCUAUGAUCUUUGAAGAAUUUAAUCCCUUUGUCUUCAGAAUUGAUGAACAUCUGGUUGCAAAAUUUGUAGUACACUUUCAUAUCAUCGUUAACAAGUUUUUCUUUUGGUCUAAAAACUCAAUAGCAGUACAAGGAAUCAAAUCUUCCGAUUUGUACUCAUUGUGUUCUCUUCUGCAAACUAAUUGUUGUGAACUAUAUGAAUCAUUCUUAUUAUAGUGUGUUAGCGAUUUAUUGGGUACAGCGGUGAAAGAAAUAGAGGUAGAGAAAGUUGAAACGAUACUUUUAUUUUUACUUUUCACAAACAUUUUUUUAAAAAAAAGGACAUCUGAAGGUUAAUGGAGGUCAUUUUAUUUUAAUUGAAAAUAUGUCCUUGUGGAUACCAUAUGGCAAGCCUAUUAUAUCUAUUUAUAGGUAGACCUUCUCUUAAAACUUACAUUACUAAUUACUAGUAUUACCUAUCGGUAGUAGAUUAAUAGUGAGGUUGAAAUCGAAGUAGCCUUGUUUUGUAUUUAUGAGUAUCUAACUACUAGUAAUUAGUACUAGCUAGACUGUAACUUUAACUUAGUCCACUGCACAAUUCCAACUUAAUUUUAAAGAUCUAAAUCCAGGCAUUCAAAAUUCAAACUAGUACUUUGGCUUUAGGCCUAGGAACUAAGUAAUUGGCCAAAGCCAUUAAGACAAAGUGGAAUAAAUGAUAAUACUUCCAGACCAAUAUUGAAUAGUGGUGGCAAACCACAACGCCAGAAGAACCCUCUCUGUUGGCAAUGCGAGCCAAGUCACAUGAGUAGCUAAUUAUUAAGGUUUAAUUGCAGUGUUGACACUUUGCGAUUAAAGUGGGGUUUGGGUUGCAGUAUUGGCACUUGGUCUCAAAACGAUUUCCAUCACCAUACUAGACUAAAUGGGAUAUGUCAAAGUUCUUUGGUCAUCGCUAUCAACACAGCAUGGAAGUUUCAGUGGAUGUCUGAAUAAUUUGACCUAGCAGAGUACGAGCAUAAGCUCAAAUGUUCUUUGAUGUUAUUUUCGAUACUGACUAGUCUGCAAGUUGGGGAAAAUGGUUGUUAUAAACUUGUUGACAUGGGAGCCAUUCGAAGAAAAAGUUUUAAUUUACAUUUUCUAGUCUGCUGGCUUAAAAACUUAGACAGUUAUUCAGUUUAAACAGUUUAAUUGAAAAUCACUUUAUGAUAAUUUUAAUUUGAUAGACCCCAAAUGAGCUCCAUGCUAUUUAAAGCACCCAGACUUAUCUGAUUAUUAAAGGCCUAAAAGACUGGGAAAAGUUGAAAUAUGAACUCAAGGUCAGCAAAUUGCUUUACACUUACUAAGCUCGACUUUGUUUUGUUUUUUAAAAUAUAAAUGGAUGAUGGAAUUUCAGUUUUAAGCUGUUAUAUCAGCCAUUCAUAUUUGCAUGGAAAUAUGUGUAAAAAUUAAAUACCAGGUAGUGUUUAAACAAAAACAUAAAAACUCAAAUAAGCAGGGUUCUUUUUAACAGGUUCUGAUUGAUUAUCAAUAGUUCAUUGUGGAGUGAUGGCUGAAUUUAACAGCAGUGGUAAGUACAGUUAAAUUUAAAUAUAGCAAAAUAGAGAUAAUUUGGCUUAUACAUUUUUGAUUAUAUGCAAAAAAAAAUUUGCAUUAUCUUUUAAAAGGAGUUUGCAGAAUAAUGAUGAUUUUAACAUAUUUAUUUAGUUAUUUUAUUUCUGUUUAAAAUGUAAUAUUUAUUUUGUCUUAAAAAUGCCUUUAAAUUUUGUUUAUUUAUUAGAUUAAUGAGAUACAAAUUAUAUAGAUUUAUUGUUAAGCUUAAAUUAUGAUAGACAAAAUACAAAUUCAAACCUUUUGGCAACUGCCUUCAUUAGUAAACAAAAUAAUGAACCCAUUAAUAUAUUUAUAAAUUAAAUCUACAUAAUGUAUUUAUGUUAUAUCUUACCUGAAAUGAAAGAAAACAAUAAGAAUUGGCACAAGUCCCUAAUGAAAGCUAAUAUCAGAAUGGAAAGAAAGUUGAUGGAAAUGCAAUAUAAAACCAAACAGUAAAAAGACAUUGCAGCUAUGUAAAAUUGUGAAUUUGGUUUAUACAAUCUUGAGUCAAGGUACCAAAUCUUUUUAUCAAUUUGUUUUCCAUACAAAUUCUAUAAAUUCGCAUACAAUAUACCAGUAUCUGCAAUGUCUAAUAUUCUAUCAUGGUUCAUACUUCAACUAUUGAAAUGUUUAGAAACAGGGCUAGGGAUGUAUCAACAAAAAAAUUCUCUCCACCCCCUCCUCUGGGAAAAAUUUACCUCCUCCACAUAAUUAACAUAACCAAGAUAAAAUAAAGUAGCCAUAACAAUAUGUCAGACUUAACACCAUAACGGCUCUCAACCCUUUAGCAACCCUUGUACCCCACAAAAAAAUGUACUGACUGGACAAUGACCCUCGUAGCUCCACCUAAGGUCAUCCUCCACUAUUUACUUUAUGAUGGUGGUAUGUCCCUUUUUCCAUUCACAACUCUUAUGUUCAACACACUUGUCAUUUGUCUAUUUUCCUUUUCCUUUCAUCCAUUCACAAUUGGUGUUUCAUUUUACUUUGGCCCUUUGACAUACAGUCAACGAACCAAUAUAAGAUAUUUUAAAUCACCUGUUUUUACUUCAAAAUCAAAUUCAGUACUCAUUGCCACAAUUGCAUGUUUUUAUAUCAUAUCCACACAAUCCAAGCAAUAAACAAUGUCAUAAUCCAUUGUGGCCAUGAACAAAAUCAGAGCAAUCCUUGCUCUCUGUAACAUCAUCUUUAGUCACCAAUUCAACACGAUCAAAAAACUUCACCUCCCAACUCAAUGACUUUACAGCUCUCUUCCUUGACAAAAUCAAACCCUACACAUUUAGAGCUACUAACACAGCUCUCUUUAAAAAAUUCAAAACUUUUAUGUGGCUUAACUCUGAAGUACUUCUGGCUCUCAUCACAUCUUAAAUCAAAUACAUCACACAGUUAGUGAAAAAUAUCAACAAAAUAUUAAUUAUUAGAAUACAUAUUUUAGGUUCAGAAUGAAAUGCAUAUUGGUUUACCGGUAUUAAUUUAACUGGUAUUCAAAGAUCACCCACAUUUGCGGUAUAAUCCUCUACGGGAUGAUUGGAUUGUUGUAUCGCCUCAAAGAGCCAAACGCCCCUGGCAAGGCCAAAUGGAAAAAAAAGCAGAAGAUAACCCACCACGACAUGACCUUAGUAAUCCUUUGUGUCCUAAUGUGACACGGCCAAAUGGGGAGGUAUGUCAUAUUAUGUUAUCUAAUAAUUAUAUAUGCAUCUUUGUUUUUAAAGCUAAUGGAGAGUGUAGAGUGGAGAAUUUCUAAUUUCAGAUAUUUUUUAAUUAAGUUAUUCAGUGGCACUCAUCUCUUGAAAACUGUUUCCAUGAAAUUCUGAUUCUUCAUGUAGUUAGAUAACAAUUUUAGUUGGUGAAAUUCAAAGUCAACACAACAUUGGUACAUUAAUCCUGUCACUGUCACCUCUACUUAUUUCAGGUAAAUCCUAAUUAUACAAACACAUUUGUGUUUGACAAUGACUUUCCAGCAUUGUUACCAGAAGGACCUGAUCCACGUAAGUGUAAAAGAGAACGGCUUCCAUCAAUUCUUCGAUUUUGAUUACUUUAUGGAUUAUGGUUUUCAGAAAUUAAAAAAAAUACAAAUAUGCUUUUGUUUGCUACCAUUACCAGAGGCUAGUAAUUUUUUGUUUUUUGUAUUCAGCUGUGAGUGAAGACCCACUGUUUCAAUCUGCACCAGCCCAUGGAAAGUGCCGUGUAAUUUGCUUCCAUCCUUGGUCUGAUAUGACGCUUCCUUUGAUGGAAGUGAAUGACGUUCGUCAAGUAAUUGACACAUGGAUCAAAGAAAGUCUAACUCUUGGCCAACAAUUUGAAUGGGUCCAGGUAAUAAAAAUUAAGAAAUUAAUAAUUGUAAAGAAACUGUCUAUUCGCUUUAUAUGUUGCCUCAACAAAUUAAAUGUGCAUUUAAAAUCUUUAAUGCACAGUGAAUAAAAAAAAAAUCUAAUCAGCAAAAAACUUUUAAUUAAAUGGCAUAUAUACUAAAGGCUUUAUUCAUAUAUUUUGAUGGUACUUUUCAUAAUGGAUCACCGACUGCAGCUUGAAAAGUGGCAGUCCAACAGAGAAUCAUUUUAUCUUAACCAAACAAAGAAUAAUAUUUUGUUUGCAGCUUUUUGAAAACAGAGGUGCUGUUAUGGGAUGCUCCAAUCCUCAUCCACAUUGCCAGGUUAGAAUCCUUUAUUAAGUUAUUGUUUGCCUAUUAGCUCCAUCAAGUUAGCUGUUUUACAAAUAACUGUGAUAAUCUAAAUUUAUAUGUGGCUAAAUAUUGGAGGAGUGUUGUGCCUCUGUAAAUAUAUUUUAAAAUAUUGACUUUAAGAUGUUGGGGAAAACCAUUAGUUGGUCCAGAGACACUGACAUGGUCAAAUCUCCAUAUAUUUACUAUUACUAUUCCCUGCAUUAGUCCAGUGGUCGGCAAAUCGCGGCUCGUCCAGUCGUCCACAAAUCGGUUUCAACUCCGAUAAACAUUGUUCUUGACAGAUUCUUGAAAAGAAAUUUGUCUCUCAAAAAAAUUUAAAUCUUCCUGCUGCUGAUUUUUGGCUCUUUUGAUUGAGUUUGCCGACCACCGCAUUAGCCAAAUUAUAUGAAAAUGAAACUUACUCUUUUCAGUUGCACAAUUUUAUGAAACUAUUGUCUUCCUUUAGGUCUGGGCCUGUUCAUUUCUACCGAAUGAACCGAGUCUGAAAGAACGCACUCAGAAAAAUUACUUGCAGGCUCAUGGACAACCUAUGCUUGUUACUUACUUAGAAAAGGAACUUGUUAAGAGUGUGAGUUGGGGGAAAUAUUGGAUUUUUCAUAAUAUUCUGAUUUUGUAAUCGAGUCGGUCCCAGCAACCAGGUAGAAAAUAUGUUUUAAAAGACUUUACAGAAAAAGAACUGAUUUUUAAAAAAAAUUUGAUUAACAUUUAACUUUUAAGAAAAGUCAAUAUUUUCAGCUAAUAAUAUUCUGAUUUUAUAAUCGAGUUAUCCCAGCAACCAGGUAGAAAAUAUGUUUUAAAAGACUUUACAGAAGAAGAACUGAUUUUUUUAAAAAUUUGAUUAACAUUUAACUUUUAAGAAAGACAAAUCUGUUGACUACUGGAUUCUAACUUGUUUGAUUUAUGCAUCUUGGUAUUUCAUAGCAUAUGUUUAAGAUAAUUCUAAAAUUUUUCAGGAGAGAAUUAUACUUGAAUCAGAACAUUGGGUGUGGCUCGUUCCUUACUGGGCCACCUGGCCAUUUGAAACAAUGCUGCUGCCUAGACGCCAUGUUUUAAGACUGGAAGAUUUGACGGAUGAGGAAAAAAAUGGUGAGUGAUAAAUUUACAAAUUAGAAGUUACUUCAAAAAAUUAUGUAACUUAAAUAUUGGUAGUUUAAAUUUUGGGUAUAAUUAUUAGAUUUUAAUUUAUAAUUUUUUAAUUGCUUCAACUCUUAAAGUACUUUUAUAUUGACUUUUUGAUCACGAGUCAUCAGUGGAUUAUCACUUGAUUUUCUCUCACCUUUUUAUAUACCAAAGUUAUUUUUGAUAUGCAACUAUAGCAACAUGGAUAAAUUUGUUAAAUAUAUAUAUAUUGAAAAAUUGACAAUAAGUACAGUAAUAAAGUUUACUCAUCAAUUUCUUGUUCCAGUAUAUCCUGUGCAUAUUUUAUUAUAAUUUUUUUGUUCAUUGGCAUAGUUCUUUGAAAUUUUCUUUGUUUACAUUGGAUAUGCUAAGAAGAGGCAAUGACUUAAAGGUCUAUAAUUUAUUUUUGACUAAAAACAGCUUUUAAUUUGUAUUAUUUUUAAUUGAAUAACGCAUUUAGUUUUCUUCAGUUUUUAUAUUUAAAUUAUAAGAUCUAAACCUGUAUGCAAUGCUUGACAAGGACAUAGGCAUUGGGCAACCCAAUCAUCAUGACAUUUCUACUCCUGUCAUAAGACCUGAGCGAACUACUGAAUCUUGUCCAAAACAAGAUAAGGAGUACAUUCACCUUUAUCACUUUUCAACUUUAAUUUACAUCCACAAAGCUUGAGAUGCUUUGUAAAUGUACUCAACUAUUGCAGCUAUAAUGUUAUGACUAAGCCAACUUGAUUUUUAACUCUAGUUGAUGAACAAAAUUUCUAAACAUCCUUUGGACUUCAAUCCUUUUAGCCCCAAUUUGUUGUGGAGUGUUCAGUGUUACUGGAUAAAAGGAGUUUUUUCACUGGAAUAUAGAAUUCAUAAAUUGUUUUAAUGUAUGCCAAUAUACGGGCCUAUAUAGUAAGUUUCUAAAUGAAAAAAAAAAUGAGUAAGUUGCUUAAGGAGGUAAAUUUAAUUUCAUCUAGACCCAAUGAAAAGGUCAUGCAUGGAGCAAUGUUAUUAAAUAAUCAGGAGAAGCAGGAGAGGAUGGUACUCAUUGCAUAAAUUUAACACAACACCGGUAUGAACAAUAUAAACUGUAAUUAAAUUAUUUUUGCAAGCUCAAUAUCUAAUUAAAAAGUAUAAAUGACUCUAUUAUUAUUGUAGGAUAAACAGAAUGCAACUACUAUGGCAUUGUGAUAAAACUAGUUGAUAAAAGAUAUCGGGUUUGGAAUAAAUACAAUAUUGUGGUUAGUAGAAGAAAACAAAAGUAGCAAAGAGCCUUAUUCUUUCAAUUUAAUUAGUUUUCUAGUAUAAGUCCUAUUUCUUUCAUCUGAAGAUAAAAAAAUGCCUGUCUUUAAUAAUUAAGAAGAUCUGAUAGCUUUAUUAAUUUUAGUUCAGUAAAAUUAAUCAGGUGGUGAUAAACUUUGUUGACAAUGCUGAUGUUUCUUCUGAAACAAUAUGAUUAAUUAGACACAGACAAUUUGAAAGAUUAUAACUCAGCAUACUGUUAAAAUUGCAAUGGUUACUUACAGUUAAUAUAUCAUGUGAAAAUCUUUAUUAGGUUUAUAAAAUAGAAACACAAUUUAGCCAUGAUAAGCUGCCAUUGUUAAAUAUAGGAGUUUUCUGGAAAACAGAAAAUGAUAUAUUUCAUAGCAGAUAUUUGUUUAUUUGUACUGUAUGUGGUAAAUAAAAAAACAUGUAUGUUAAUUAUCCAUCUCAACUUAUAUCAUUCGCUAAUAAUAAGUUUUUCUCAAUUUUUCUUUAAUUAAAAAAAAAUUAAAUUAAAAUAACCUUUUUUUUUUACUUUAAAAGAUUUUUUUAGUAUGUAUUUUUUAAAGUAUAAUUAAAGCAUAAUUAACUAAAAGGUUGGUAAAAUUGAUUGAAAUUUAUUUAUAUGCUGAAAAAAGGGAUACCAUUUUUGUUUCUACCUGUUUGUGGCAUGUUAACAUUUUUUGUAAAGAUUUAGCACAAACCCAAAUUAACUGAUCUCAUUGGUAUCAAAUAAUAGAUCAUUCAAUUCUGAAUCCAUGAUAUAUUUUAUCACUUUGUUCUUCAUUGAACAACCAGCCAGAUUUUAAUGGUAACCUAAUGAGGGAGAAAAAAAUGGAGUAUUUGACUGUUAAGGAAUAUGAAAAAGUUAUUCAUCUAGAGUAUAAGAAUAACAUUUAAAAACCUAACACAAACUAGAAAUGAUAUGUUCAGUAAAAACUUAGUAUUUGUGUCAGAAGAUGAUUGCUCUCAAGCUUUCUUGUAUUUUUUUCUCAAUAAAUAAAAACUGAAAACAAUCAAAUGGCUAAAUUAAUUAUUUGACAUUGUUAAUGUUUGAACUCCAGCUUAGUGAUUGUAUGUGUUAAUGUGGGGAACAACCAACAGUGGCCAGUGGUUUAAAAAUAGCCAAGUUAAAAAGUUUGUAUAAAGGAAAAAUGUUACUACAUAAAGUGUAGCCAAAACAAAGGAGUGAAAAUGGGCUGUAUAGCAAGAGACACACAAUGGAGUACCGGUAAUUGAGUUUUAAAAUAGUUAUGGAUUUACUGGGCUAAGUCAGUUAAAAAGCCACUAUGUAUGUGGCGCUUCUCAUCAAAUUCAAGUUAUUUUUUUCCAGAUCUGAGCCAGAUGCUGAAGAAGCUCCUGACCGUUUAUGAUAACUUGUUUGAAGUGUCUUUCCCAUAUUGUAUGGGAUGGCAUGGUAAGGAAUCAAAUAAUCUUAAAGUACAUUUUUUACAACUAUAGAUAGCUUCAAGGAAUAAAUUCCAUUGUUAGCAUUAGUCUUUGUGGUGGAAAGAUAGCACUUCUGCUCAUUUAUAUGGUAGAGUCUUUGAAAUGCCUCCAGGGUCAUCCUCAGCUAUGAACAAAUAGCUAGGUUCAGUGUCUCAGACAAGUUCUUCCCACAAAACAGGAUGAGCACACAAACAAACAAAAAAUCCCAAAGUUGUCAAGUAUUUGUACAUGACACCACCUUCCCUUGCCAAGUAUUUGUACAUGACACCACCUUCCCUUGUCAAGUAUUUGUACAUGACACCCCUUGUCAAGUAUUUGUACAUGACACCACCUUCCCUUGUCAAGUAUUUGUACAUGACACCUCUUGUCAAGUAUUUGUACAUGACACCACCUUCCCUUGUCAAGUAUUUGUACAUGACACCACCUUCCCUCGCUCAUACCAAUUUAUUUUAUUUUUUAAAAAUAAUAAAAUACAAUUUUCAUUUCCAUUUCCCCAUUAUUAAAGUAGCAAAAAAAAACCAAAAAAAAAAAAAAGAAAAGAUGAUCUCCCCCAUUUCAUUGUCUGCUAAUGUAUUUGUUUUUUUAAUUUCUACCUGUCCAGGUGCCCCCACAGGGAAAUAUCUAAGCCAGGAUAUGUCUCACUGGCAACUUCAUGCUGUUUUUUACCCACCACUUCUUAGAUCAGCCACUGUAAAGAAAUUCAUGGUGGGCUUUGAGAUGCUGGCUUCUGCUCAGAGAGACAUGACUGCUGAACAGGCAAGUUUUUAAGGAUGUGGUUUUUACAUAAUAUUUGUCUGUUAAAUAAUGUAGAUGACCUUUCUUUUUUUGUUGUUUUUUUUGUUUACAUAUUUGAGGGCCCACGAUCAAUUUAGUGAUCAUUUUUGUGAUCAUUUUUGCUCCUGGUUUAAAUUCAGAGUUUACCGUCUCUUAGAUGAGUUGCUGUCCAAGGCUAGCAAGUCUCAUGCACCCGGAUUCACUUCUUUAAAGUUUGGUUUAGAUAAGUUCUUAUCAUCAAACUUUGGAUAAGAUCAUAAAAUAAGGCAGGUAGCAAGGAUUUGGAAUAGCUUAAUAGGGAGUAUUUGUUGAUUUUUAUGAUCAUUUAAGAGCAGGCCUGCACAACUCAAAAUGUAAAGCGGGCCGUAAUACUUUAUGAAAAAGUUGUGCGAGCCAAAAGAAAAUCGUACAGGGCUUGUGCGGGCCAAAAGUAAAUAGGGGGAAAAUCUAUUGAGAAAAAUAAUAAGAAUACAGAAUAUUUCGUUAUUUGGCGGGGCGCUAAGUUGGUGCUGACGGGUCACAUGCGGCCCGCGGGCCGUAUGUUGUAUAGGUCUGUUUAAGAGCCUUUAAUUAUUAUAGUACUAUUUAAGGCUGAAUAAGAAAUUGCUCAGGUUAACGAAUCGUAAAUGCUUCAAUGAUCCAUUGCUGCUGAGCCCUAAUUAGUUUUGGAAUAUAUAUGCUGAUUUAGUUGUAAUGGCCAUUCUAAAAGUUAGGAACUAAAAACUGUUCAUUUUAAGGUGCACAUGAUGUGUUCUUAAUUUUAUCCUCUUGUUCUUGGCCUAACCAGGUCAAAACUAAAAUGGGUGAGAUUCUUUGUCUAUUGCCGAUUAGUUUGAAUUCAAGGGUACAGAUUAUUUAAUUGUUUUUAAAAUUGUUUAUUUAUUUCACAGGCUGCAGAACGGCUCCGUAAUUUGCCAUUGGUGCACUACAAGCAUAAGACUGAAAAUGUCAGUAAUGGAAAAUAAUGUUUUCUUUAGAGAUAAUUAAAAAUCAGGCAUUAAAUUGGAAUCUGAAAUCAAGUACCAUGCAUGUAAAAUCAUGACACUUCGUGGCAGAAAUUUGUGGACAAAUAAAAUACUUAGCUGUUUGAUUGACAACAAAAAUGCAUUGCCUAUUUAUAAUACUGAAGCAAUGUUCAAAGAUAUUAAUGAAUUUGUGUUUUUUUGUUUGUUAGAUUUGAGAAGUUUUAAUGACCAUUAUAAUAUUAAAAUGAAUUUAUUAUUUAUCUAUGAUAAUCAUAUUGUUAAAGGAUAAAUUAGCACUUUUACAAAACAAUUCUUAAAUUUUCACAAAUAGUCUUUAAAUAUUUGUUUAAUUUUAGUUUGUUCUUCAUUAGAAUUUAUGUAAAUAAUUCCGAAAUAGGCUUAUUGGAUUUACAGACUUCUUUUUAAAAUUGAGAAGCACAUAUGUUUGUUUUGUAUACAAUCCAUAGUUUGGGUUUCAAUAUUGUUCACAAUGAACCUAAGUAUUAUAAUCUGAGUUGAAUGUCAUGAAUUUAUUUUUAUGUUUAGUGCUGAUAAAGAAUUCAUAUUAUGUGAAGUACCUUGUUAAGCACAUUAAUAUAGAGAAAUUUAAAACUAUUCACUCAUAUAAUCUGCAAUUCUAACAGUUUUUGAAUCUCUAUCAUUUAUUUCAGUCAUUGCCUGACAUAAGACUCAAAUGUUCACUCAUUUCUCUUCAGUCAAAUUUACAUGUCUCCAUAUAAUCAGAAAAUUUCCUUAUUUUUAAUCAAUAUAUAUUUUUGUUGAUGGCUCUAUGAGACCUUGGAUAAUGCGGGUAGUAUGUUUGCUUCAUACAUUGUUUUAAGAACAAGAUAAAAUAAAAAUAUUGUUAAAUCCAAGAAUAUUAAUUUAUCAUGUUUCCAGCUCUUAUUAAUCAUGUCAAAAUCAAGUUUGGUUGUUUUCUCUCUAAAUGGUAUCUUUUCUUUCAGCUGUUAUGCUUGUUAUGCAUUUUUCACCAAACAUAUCCAUCUGGAGUGUAGUGUAUCUCAACCUUUUUGUGUUGUCACUUAAAAAUAAAUUUGUGAUACAUGUCAGUAUUCCUGUUAAGACUGAUGUAGACACCACCAUUACCAUUUUGGCAAGCAUUUAGUUUAAGGCUUACAUUUAUUUUCUUUAAGACGAACCUCUUCUUUUCAGCCAUUAUUUAUUUGAAUGUUUAAAUUUUAAAAGAUCUGUACACUCAACUUUUAUGAUAUAAAAAUACACAUUACAUAAUUCUCAAAUGUUGCAUAUUGCUCUUUUUGCCUAUUCAUAUAUGUAUUUAAAAAUGAUUAUUUAGAAUAUAUUUACCAUCAUUUACAAAGGGAAUUGACUUUUAGCUUACAAGGAAUAUUUGUUGAAAUAUAUUUGCUAACAAUAAAAUCUUAAAUAAUUG